AUGGGGGCGAGGCGGGGCCGGUGUCGCCACUGCCGCUUCCCGGAGCGCCUAAUAAGGCAGGGCUUGCUGUCAGUGCGGCCCGCUCCCGAUUGGAGGCUCGGUGCCUUCAGCUCCGCGUCUGGCGCUGAGCGUGUGACGUGCGGCUACGGACCAAUGUCUGGGCGUGGGAAGAAACCUACAGUGGCUAGCAAGACUGAAGCUGCACCAAAGAAAGCAAAAUCAGCCAUGGCUGGUCUGCAGUUCCCUGUGGGUCGAGUCUAUAGGCUCCUUAGGAGAGGCAGCUAUGCUGACAGGAUCAGCCCUGGUUCUGCAGUCUACAUGGCUGCAGUGCUGGAAUACCUGACUGCAGAGAUCCUGGAGCUGGCAGGGAAUGCUGCACGGGAAAACAAGAAGGCCAGGAUCCUGCCCCGCCACAUCCAGCUGGCUGUGAGAAAUGAUGAUGAGCUGAGCAAGCUCUUUGCCUGUGUGACCAUUGCUCAAGGAGGGGUUAUGCCAAAUAUCCUCCCCCAGCUCCUUCCCAAGAAAACUUCCAAAAGUACUGGCGUGCCUCAGGAACAACCUGGUAGCCAGUAA